AUGAGCAUUAAGCAGCCCUGCAUCUUUCUCAGAGGAGGAGCAAAGAGGACACAAACAAGAAAUCUUACUCGGGACGAGCUCGAAGAGCUACGUGAAGCUUUCAUAGAGUUUGAUAAAGAUAAGGAUGGUUUUAUCACCUGCAAAGACUUGGGGAACCUGAUGAGAACCAUGGGCUACAUGCCUACUGAGAUGGAGCUGAUUGAACUGAGCCAAAAUAUUAACAUGAACUUGGGGGGACGGGUAGACUUUCAAGAUUUUGUGGAACUGAUGACCCCCAAGCUUCUGGAUGAAACGGCCGGGAUGAUCGGGUUGAAAGAACUCAGGGAUGCUUUCAGAGAGUUUGAUAUAGAUGGGGACGGAUCCAUCACCUCCGAAGAGCUGAAAUUCGCUAUGAUAAAGCUGUUAGGCGAGCAGACGAGUGAGAAAGAAAUAGGAGAGGUGGUCAAAGAAGUCGACGACAAUGGAGAUGGAAAAGUUGACUUUGAGGAGUUUGUGAAAAUGAUGUCAAAGAAGUGAGAGCAACAAAAUGAAGACAGAAGAGGAUCCAAGUUGUUUUGA